GUAGUCUAUGUCAAUAAUCUGUCAUAUUGACGUGAGGUUGUUGUUUGGUGUAAUUUUGUUUCUCAACCAAAACUCUAGAUUAUUCUCAUUAAAUACACUAAGAAUUUGAUAAUGACGUUAAAUUUGGCAUCAGCAAGAAAAGACGGCGGUCCGGGAUAUGUUGGAAUACAGUUCUGCCAAGAAUGCAACAACAUGUUAUACCCUCGUGAAGAUAAAAACAAUAAGGUUUUACUGUACGCCUGCAGAAAUUGUGACUACAAGCAACUUGCGGAUUCCAACUGCGUCUACGUAAACAAAAUUAUGCACGAAGUCGACGAGUUGACACAUAUAAACCCAGACGUAGUUAGUGAUCCUACUUUACCGCGGACCAAGGAUCACAUGUGCCCCAAGUGUAAUCACCGAGAGGCAGUAUUCUUCCAGGGACAGACCAGACGCGCUGAAGAAGAGAUGAGACUUUACUACGUAUGCACAAGCUGUAAACAUAGAUGGACUGAAUGAGAUUAUUUUAUAAAACUAGUUUUAAGUGUAAUAAAUUUGAUGAUAAAGAUUUUUA